CUUUGCACACUCUCAAAGUAUGGUAAGGUGGUGCUGAUGUCAAAGUUGCCUGGUGGAAGGACAGAAAGUAGAAUUGCCUAGACUGAGGAGGGGGAGAAGACCCUCUCCCCUUCUCUCCACGAGGGCACAAUGGGCAACGUGCUUCUAAGGCUCUGGGCAUAUUUGGAGCCAUGUCUCCCUUGCUUGUCCCAGGAAGCAGACAAACCUGUGGUGAUUGAGAAUCCAGGAGCCCGUUGCUCCCCUGAAGUCCCUCGGUCACAGAGGCAGGAGCCUGAGAGAAGCCAGGGCCAAUACUUUGUGGCUUUGUUUGAUUACCAAGCUCGAACUGCAGAAGACCUCAGCUUUCGUGUGGGCGACAAGCUCCAAGUCUUGGACACUUCUCAUGAGGGCUGGUGGUUGGCCAGACAUUUGGAAAAACGGGGAGAUGGCUUCGGUCAGCAACUGCAGGGAUAUAUUCCUUCUAACUAUGUGGCAGAGGACAGGAGCCUGCAGGCAGAGCCGUGGUUUUUUGGAGCAAUCAAAAGAGCAGAUGCAGAGAAACAACUAAAAUAUUCAGAAAAUAAGACGGGUGCCUUUCUAAUCAGAGAAAGUGAAAGUCAGAAAGGAGAAUUCUCCCUUUCAGUUUUAGAUGAAGGAGUUGUGAAACACUACAGAAUCAGAAGACUGGAUGAAGGAGGCUUUUUUCUUAGCAAGAGAGUAACCUUUUCAACACUGAAUGAGUUUGUAAACCAUUAUACCAGGACAAGUGAUGGCCUCUGUGUCAGGCUGGGAAAACCAUGCUUAAAGGUACAAGUUCCUACUCCUUUUGAUUUGUCGUAUAAAACUGUGGACCAAUGGGAGAUAGACCGCAACUCAAUACAGCUUCUGAAGCGACUGGGAUCCGGUCAGUUUGGUGAAGUGUGGGAAGGCCUAUGGAACAACACCACUCCAGUAGCAGUGAAAACAUUAAAACCAGGUUCAAUGGAUCCAAAUGACUUCCUGAGGGAGGCACAGAUAAUGAAGAGCCUAAGACAUCCAAAGCUUAUUCAGCUUUAUGCUGUUUGCACUUUAGAAGAUCCAAUUUAUAUUAUUACAGAGUUGAUGAGACAUGGAAGUCUGCAAGAAUAUCUCCAAAAUGAUGCUGGGUCAAAAAUUCAUCUGCAUCAACAGGUAGACAUGGCAGCACAGGUUGCUUCUGGAAUGGCCUACCUGGAAUCCCAGAACUAUAUCCAUCGAGACCUGGCUGCCAGAAAUGUCCUUGUUGGUGAACAUAAUAUCUACAAAGUAGCAGAUUUUGGACUUGCAAGAGUUUUUAAGGUAGAUAAUGAAGAUAUCUAUGAAUCUAAACAUGAAAUAAAGCUGCCGGUGAAGUGGACUGCACCUGAAGCGAUUCGUUCUAAUAAAUUCAGCAUUAAGUCCGAUGUGUGGUCAUUUGGAAUACUUCUUUAUGAAAUCAUUACUUAUGGCAAAAUGCCUUAUAGUGGCAUGACAGGUGCUCAGGUAAUCCAGUUGUUGAGUCAAAACUAUAGACUCCCACAACCAUCUAACUGUCCAGAGCAAUUCUACAACAUCAUGUUGGAGUGCUGGAAUGCAGAGCCAAAGGAACGACCAACAUUUGAGACAUUGCAUUGGAAGCUUGAGGACUAUUUUGAAACAGACUCUUCAUAUUCAGAUACAAAUAACUUCAUAAGUUGAACAUUGAAGAACAUCAAAUAAUGAAGUAGUAAAAAAUGGAAUAAUCAAUUCAAGGAAUACAAUCUUAUCAACCAAAUACACAAUCAUUUAUCUUGACAUAUUCAAGUGAUAGGGUAAAUUUUGGCUGUGUAACCUAAAAAAGGUUAUGUGUGCAUUUUAUUGAGUGAACAACACUACUGGACAGUCUAAUAUAUGAUUUUAUCACUGCCUAGUCAAUCAAUCAAACACACUAAACAAAGUUAUUUUUCUUUUUAAGAGCUACUUCCACUUCUAUUUAUUGUUUGAAAUGCUGGUCAAGUGAAUCAACAGAUGAUAGUCGAUUUUUACUCAGUGACUGUUGUUACAUUUUCCUGUUUACUGAUUAGAGUGGUUAUUCAUUAUUCCUCGGAUUGCUGAAUCCCAUCAGGCUGUUAUUAUGAAGGAAUUUGAUUGCUUUGCUGCACAGCAGGACCUGUGCUUUGAGGUUUUCUUUCUCUCUUUUAAAAUAUCCUGUAACUGCAAUGAUGGCAAAGUCAUGUUAAAUGACUUGAUUGUACUUGAAGUAAUUGCACAUAUUUUUCCUUUGAGUAAAAAAAUGAAGCAGCUGUUGAGAAAAAGAAUUAAAAUCUCUCUCAUUUUGUAGAAGGAAAUGAUGGAAUUUUUCUAUACCUCAGUAUGUGUCAUCUGAGAAUCAUCUACAUUAGCUUUAAUCUCUUAAUGUUAAGAAUUAGGUUGCAAAGCUGAUGAGUUGUUUGGUACAGAAGUAAGUGAGAAAUAUUUAUAGCCCACACAGUAAGGUAUCAAGGUAGUUUAGGAAAAUGAGAGGAGAGAAGUAGGAUUAUGAUGGUGUAGAACUUUUGAGUACCUUUUUUUUUUAAAAAAAUAAAUACUUCUGGUUCAUAAGCUAGAUUUACAAAUGGAAUAAAACUCAGGUUAAGAUCUAUUUCAGGUCUAGAGGCUGCAAAUAAUGUCUGAAUAUGUUUAUGAAAUUAUAGCUUUUUGUCUGGUGGGACAGGAGAGUUUCUCAUAUCUUCAAUCUGCAUCACCUUUGUAGCAAUAUUGCCAUCUUCUUAAGCAAUGGGUGCUUCAAAUUCUCUGCUUCACUACGUGAACAGCAAGGCUUCUCCAAGGUGAUGUCAAAAUCAAUAAAGAUUCAAACACUUUUCUGAUCUGCAGAAACAUAUAUGAAAAAAAACAUAAGAAAAUAGGAAAAUUUUGAGUUUAUCUCUCAAUUUUCCUCAAAAGGGAAAAGCAUAUCUAAAAAAUUAUAGGAACCCUAACAACUGGAUUUAGCAAUACAUAAAUUUGUGAACUCUUAACUGGGAGACAGGAAAUAGAAAUGGGUCCAUGUACAAUACCAUUAGUAGUUUGAUGAUAUGAUUGAAGACCCAAGUCCUUUCCAGUUCUCACCUCUGCCAUCAGCACUGGUCUCAUGCUUAUCCUCACAAAUGGCUCUCAGUGGUAACUGGGGACCCUUGUUCUCUGUUCCACAUUUGGCAGGAGAAAGUGGGACAUCUCUUUUGCUAGCUUGCAUAUAAAUCACUCUCAUUUCUCUGCUCAGGCAAACAUGGGUCAUUCUAGGACCAAUAAUAGAUUUAAUAUGCAUGCUAUAUACUCUUUGUCUUAGGAAGUCUGCCACCCAUGCUGGUCACUUUCCUCAGAGACAAGUUAGGAGAUUUAGUUUAUCUGAAUAAAAUUAGAGAUUAAACACUGAAUAUGUAUCCAUUAAGGAGAAAAUCCCCCUUGAUGAAUUAACUAUUAGGAUUCAUGUAUAUUCACAUGCAUGAUCUCAUCUCUCCUUUGUCACUUAUAUGUGACAUGUAGGUGCGUGCAUAUACAUUCUGGCUUUUUGGGUGAACUUAUACUAAGAUUGGUCAUAUGAAGCUAAAGAUAUAGAACUCAUAGAACAAUUGAUUCCUUUAUAAGUAGAAAAUAUUUGUGAGAUAAACUUAAUACUAAUGUUUUUAAUCAGAUGACUGAGUAUAAGCCAACUUCAAUUAUUUAUUUAAAGUCAUUUAGGCUAGUGCAAUCAAAUAUCAAGUUAUAAAUAGCCAAUUAGUAAAAAUUAAAAGAAAAUUGUUCCUUUUUUGGAGUUCAUUUCUUCAGGCUCAGUCCUAUUUAGGCAUAUAUAGAAAUGAAUAGAAAUAUUUCCAUUUCGUUGUGAAAAUUCAACUACUGUCUAGUCUGUCUUUUGUAGUAGCUAAUAAUAAUAAAUUUUUUAGUAAGAGCUGAUUUUUGAAAUAUAAAAUGAAGGUUAUCUUUUUCUGUUUUAAUACCACUUGAAACCUGUUUAACAUACUGCAUUUGAUUCUUGGGGACAUUUAUGUUCAAGGCUCUGUCAAAGCCAUUUAUUAUUCUUGUUUUUACCUGAUGGAUCAUAGAGAAAAAUAAUGGAUACAGUUACAAGAAGCAGUAAUAGAUUUUUUUAAAGCUGACAUAAAUUUCUCUCUCUGUAUAGAAUAAAAGGAUCAAGAAAAGAUAAGUUGAAUUUUCCUUA